AUGGCCCAUUCUGCCGUUGCCAACACUCGAUCCAGACCUGUCACCAUUACCGUUGUUGCACACCACGCCGACAAGUACGCCGCCGACAACAUGACACGAUCAGCUUCCGCAGAGCCUACAAAGCCUACCAAGCGCAAGGGCACCAGAAGCGUCUCAACCUUGACGCCCUCCCAGCUUGCGCGUAAGCGUGCCAAUGACAGAGAAGCUCAGCGCGCCAUCAGGGCCAGAACGAAGGAGCACAUUGAGCGUCUCGAGCGAGAGCUUGAGGAGCUCAAGAGCGAGCGCGGCCGCGAUCAGAGCCACACCGUCCAGGAGCUUUUGCGCAAGAACAAGGCACUUGAAGAGGAACUGUUCAAGCUCAGAGAGAGCAUGGGCGUUCCCAAUGGGCAGUCCUACCCAAAUUCAGGUACGGCUGCUUCCAUUGCCUCGUCUUCUGCGUGGUUGCCUCUGGUUCGUGCUGACUCGGCUCCAGUAUACGACGACAACCUGAGCUCUAUUAGUGGCGCAGUCCCCAGUCCUCGCUCCUCGCCAUUUCCUUCAAACGGUGACUACAAUGUGAUGCAAGAACUUGGUCCCUCCUACGUGCCCAUGCCGGAUGCGUCAGAGUCAUGGGGCCCAGGCAUUCCUGUUUCCGUUCCUUCCACCGUUUCAAGCCCGUCAUCGUCCGCCAACACAGAUGAGUACGGCGCAGGCUACAUCCCAACGAGCGUCCCCGCGCCGAUGAUGGAUGCCCGAAGCAUUCCGGCAAAGAUGAGUGAAUACGACGAUGUCGACUCUGUCGUGGAAUUCGUAUCCAACUCCGGUGUACUACCAACAACCGUCAGCUCAUUGAUCCGCCAGCCCGGCACCACCCUUUGGGAGAUUCCGACCCUCAUCGUCCCGCCAACUUGUCGAGUCGACCAGUUGAUAGUCGGCUUCAUUCAGGACUGCCGCCGACUGUCGCAACUGAAGUCUCUCGAAAACAUCCUCCGACCUACUAGGGUCAACGUGAAGAAUUUCCUCGAGUAUCAUCCGGCCUCGCCUUCGACAGAACCUCCACGAUGCCAGCUAGCCGACCUUGAUCGAGCCGCUUCCACAACAGUCACGGGUCCUGGCGCCAAGCAUCCCAUGGCUGAGCUUAUCACCGCUCUCGUCAACAAGGCAGGUGUCACCAACGUUAUUGAGCGCCUGGCAGUCUUCGCCAUCACUCAACGAGCCAUCGCUUGGCUGGUACACCCGACGCGUGAGGCAUAUCAAGCCAUUGUGCCUGAACUCACGCCGAAGCCGUGCCAGACAAGACUCCCGCAUCCUCAGUGGGUUGAUCUCAUUCUGUGGGCACCUCUGCGCACUGCUAUUAUCGAACGGCAGGAGCUGUAUGCCAACGAAGAAUUCCAAGGCGUCUACUCGUCUAGCUUGAGACUGAUCAAUUGGGCGGCACGUCCAAUUGACGCCUUGGUGGUUGACCCGCAAUCUGGAGAGAUGUGGCUCAGUGACACGUUUACUGCCCACGCAAUGCGCCUCGAAAACUGGCGCCUCAAUGAGAACUUCGUUCGCCGUUACCCCGAGCUUCGUGGCUGUGUUGCAGUCGAAGGUUCCUGA